AUAUAGAUUGCUCCUCAUACCAACCUUGCUUUGUUCAGUGCAGUACAAAAUAUUUCAACACUCUUCUUCAAGCUAUAUCACGUUUCUGCAAAAAAGGAACAAUAUGAGUACUGCAGGAAAAGUUAUAACAUGCAGGGCAGCUGUCGCAUGGGAAGCAGGCAAACCCCUGUCUAUUGAGGAAAUUGAAGUUGCUCCACCCAAGGCUCAUGAAGUCCGUAUUAAGAUUGUAGCCACUGGUGUUUGCCAUACUGAUGCCUAUGGGUUGCGCUGUAUACUUGAACCUAUUGACAAAGAUGAUUUUCCAUUUCCUGGUGUAAACCUGGGGACUUUCCCAAUGAUCUUGGGACAUGAAGGAGCAGGAAUCGUGGAAAGUACUGGUGAAGGAGUAACUAACGUUGAGCCUGGUGAUGCUGUUAUUCCACUCUGGUUACCACAGUGUGGUAAAUGUAAAAGCUGUUUGGAUCCCAACAAUAACAUAUGCAAAAUGCUCAGAGAAAACCAAAUGCUUGGCCUGAUGCCUGACAAGACCAGUAGAUUCACCUGCAAAGGAAAGCAGGUGUUCCACUACAUGGGAACCAGUACCUUCUCGGAGUACACAGUUGUGAUGGAUAUCUCAGUUGCCAAGAUUGAUAGCGCUGCACCCCUCAACAAAGUGUGCCUACUAGGCUGUGGGUUUUCCACUGGUUAUGGUGCUGCCAUUAACUCUGCCAAGGUGAAACCAUUGUCUACUUGUGCUGUGUUUGGUUUGGGCGGAGUGGGUCUUUCUGCUGUUUUGGGUUGUAAGAACGCUGGUGCAUCACGUAUUAUUGGUGUUGACAUCAACAAAGACAAAUUUGAGAAGGCAAAACGAUUCGGUGUAACAGAAUGCAUCAAUCCAAAGGAUCACAGCAAGCCCAUUCAUGAAGUCUUGAGAGAGAAAACAGAUGGAGGAGUGAAUUUUGCGAUUGAAUGCACUGGAAAUAUUGAUAUCAUGCAAUCAGCACUAGAAUGUUGCCAAACAGGAGGUGGAACCUGUGUAAUUGUUGGAGGAGCUGCAGCUGGUGCUAUCUCUGUCAAGCCAUUCCAUCUGUUACUGGGCCGUAUACUAAAAGGGAGUUUUUUUGGAGGCUGGAAAGGAGUUGAUGAUAUACCCAAACUCGUAAAUGAAUGUAUUGCAAAGAAAAUCAGUCUUGAGAAUUUAGUGAGUUUUACACUGCCUUUGGAAAAAGUCAAUGAAGCAUUUGAACUGAUGGAUGCAGGAAAAAGUGUUCGAACUGUCCUGGUGCAUCAGCAUCACCAAAACUGAAAGACAGCUGCAGAACCUUCACCUUGUUCUUUACCCACAUGAUUUGACAGUGUGCUUCCAUGAAUUGACAGUAAAACAGUUAACAACCACUUGAGAAACUGGUGAAGCUGACAAAGUGACUUCUAUUGAAAAUCAUCACCAUUUUAUUAGUCCUUUUCUUCUACAAAGUUAAUAGAUGCAUGAUUCCUGUACUCUUCAUCUCAUAGUAUCAUCUGUAAUGCAGUCUAAUUUACAAGUAUUUGUCUGAAAAUACAUUUGAAACUAUGAUAUACCUCUCAAACUCUUAGAACAAGAAUCAGGGACAAAGCCAAAAAUAAUGGGGGAGAAAAGCACAAAAACAGGAAUACAUUUAAAAAGCAUUGUUCUAAUAAACUUGGUUGUUGGAGUG